CAAGCUAUCACUCGAUACACCAUCAACAGCGCCGCAAUCGGGAACGCAAUUCCAUCGAUCGAGGAGUUUAUCUUGUCCCAUUGCUUUCACUGCGUUAUCCUGACAUUUUAUGAUCAUUAUGUCUCAGGAAGGUGACGAGACGCGCUCAGUGGCCGAGAGUCUGCCGGACGCUGAUGCCCCUACCAGGCAGACCUAUCGAUCUUUCAAGAAGAAGUUCGCGAAAUUGAAAAUCCAAUUCGAGCUUCGUAUGAGGGAGAGCGAGUCGCUCAUCCGCGAAGAAUUGCGCAUCGAAGAUUUGUCAAAGCGAAUUCAGGAACAGAACGAUCAACUAUUAGAAGUACUUCUCGAGUUUAAUGACAGCCUCCACGUCCCUCCCAAGUUUCGAUAUGAUCUAAGUGCCCCUGGAGAUAAUGGGGUUCUUCCCCUUUCUGAAGAAGGGGUUUCACACGCGCAUAGGGACCCUCUUACAGCGAUGACAAUGUUGAAAAGUGGCAAAGACCAAUUGGCAGCUGGUGAUAUGUCGGCCGCGAAUUAUCGAUCACUCCAGGACCGCGUCAAAAGAGGGAAUGCCUUUCCACCUGGGCUGAAUUAUUCCUCCUUGACCAAGGUUCCUCACUCUGCACCUAUGCCAGAGGGACAGAGUUCCUUUGGAGAUGCUGGUAUGGAACAAAACCUGGGGUUUCUUACUCCGGAACACGAGACAGAGUACUACCUGGCUACAGACGCCAGGCUGGGCGACUUGUCCUCGGCGCUUCAAUUGAGUCGGGCUCCUGACAAGCCAUCUUUACCUGAAAGAGAAAGAGAAUAUGCUCUAAAGAGCCCUGUUUCGGUUCACCACUGGCUACGCAAGAAUCACCCCACUGUUUUCCUACAGGAUAACGAGAACGCAUCUGAGAAGUCAGCGUCACGACCGUCGAAUUUGCGCGCGUCGAAGCGUCCCACUCAGUCGUCCCGGAAAGAAGAGGACACCCACGACGAAGAUAGUGUCAUGAUGGAUCCUGGCCCGACCUCGGGAGGCUCAAAGGCCAAACGUAAGCGCGACGAAGAGAGUACCCCUCGUGCGAAAGGUGGUAGUAGUCGUUCCCGGAAGAAGAAAGAUGACGCGCCAGCCAGAUCCUAUCUGCAUAAUUAUAGGAUGGCUAUCACUAUUUUACCCCCAGUUGCGGACGAUGUCGACGCUUCAUACGCCGACUCCGAUAUUGAUGCCAUGUCCGUUGACUCGGACGGUGGUGUUGACCUCACGCCUGGGAAACGAUCACGGCCCACCAAACGGCCCCGAUUAUUAGAAGGAACAGGUAUUGGGGCAGGGAUCAUUACCCCUGGAGAAGUCGUCACAGAUGAUCCGCAAUGGAUGAGGGGACACGGCACAUAUAUGAACCCCCUCUCGACGUCGAUUAUUGCGACUGUAGCUGGAAAUGUUCAAAAAACCAACAAACUCCUCUCCGUGCAGCCACUUCGAGCCCGAUAUACCCCGGAAAUCGGUGACUUGGUUGUCGGGCGCAUUGUGGAGGUUCAAUCGAGACGAUGGAAAGUCGAUGUCGCCGCUCCUCUCCUAGCCCAAUUACCUCUCUCUGCCAUUAACCUUCCCGGAGGUAUCCUGCGUCGACGAACGAGCGCCGACGAGCUUCAAAUCCGGACAUUUUUCAGCGAGGGUGAUCUUGUCGUCGCUGAAGUGCAGACGGUUCACUCCGAUGGCGCAGCGUCGCUUCACACCCGGUCUCUGAAAUAUGGCAAGCUCCGGAAUGGCGUCUUUUUGGCUGUAACGGGGACUGGAGGUAGCGGUGCUUCGAGCUCGACAGUUAAGGGAGGAGCAGGCUCAGGGUCAACUGCUGGAGGAGUGGUUCGGUCGCGCAGGCAGGUGUGGACGGUUAGCACGGCCAAUGGCGGCGGGGAUGUGGAUGUUAUCCUGGGAGUCAACGGGUAUAUCUGGAUUUCGAAACACGCAGAUGGUACGGCAGCUGCGUCGUCCACCACAGAGAAUGUGUCGAUUACACGCAUGGAAGAGAUGGUGUCCAGCUCUAUUUACUCGAGCCAGAACGAUGAGAUCUCUCCUGCAACCCGACGGGAGAUAGCACGCUUAGCUCAAUGUAUCCAGGUCCUUGUCCAGGGAGGCGUCCGAGUCGACGAGGAGACAGUCAUGGCAGCCUACGAAGCUAGCUUACAGGUCGAUCUGGAACGAGGAGACGACGAUGACUACGAUGACGAUGGCCGACGAGGGGAGGGACGGGAAUAUUUGCAAGGCAGUCAAGCCCGGAGGAUCCUGGAGAUGGUGAUGGAGCAAUCAUCAAGAUAGCUGCUGGAACUUGAUACCCAUAUGAAUUUCAAUCUAUGACUCUAUUAGAUGACCCGGCAUCCUGACUAUAUCGGUAGUAAU